GAAGGAAAUCAACUUUAUGAACUUCAGACUCAAACCUGGUGUCACCUGCGGGACUCCGUCGCUUGGUUUUUUGGGGAAUAAAAAUCACUUUAUUCACUCGGAUUAACAUUAUUUUUAAUUUUAUAAAGUGUAAUGACGCGGUCGCAUCGCGUCAUGACGCACUCCAGUUAAAGUGUAGCUGCUGGUAAUGGAUCCACUGGUUCAGCAUGGGCAUGGCGAAAUGAUGAGCAAAAGUCAACUGAAGUGAAGUGGACUGAGGACUGUCACUCACCCCGACUCUUCACCUGACCGAGCUAACCAGGUGAGAACAGACACCAUGGCUGGAGACGACCACUACCUUCAUACUUCCAACCAGAUUUUUGACAACAUCAUGAUGGAUCCGUCGUGGGAGUUUCCACAUUUUCCUGCGAUGUCUCAGACCGCGUCACUGAGGACAGUGGACGGACCAUACCUGCAGAUCCUGGAGCAGCCGAAGCAGCGUGGCUUCAGGUUCAGAUAUGGCUGCGAGGGCCCAUCUCACGGCGGUCUGCCCGGAGCGUCCAGCGAGAAGAACAGGAAGACCUACCCUACUGUCAAGAUCUGUAACUACCAGGGUCCGGCCCGGGUGGUGGUCCAACUUGUGACGGCGUUGACCCCCCUCCCUCAGCUUCACGCUCACAGUCUGGUGGGAAAACAGUGCGACAAAGGGAUCUGCAUCGCCGACCUGCAGCCCAAAGACUCCAGCAUCAGUUUCCCGAACCUGGGGAUCCUCCAUGUGACGAAGAAGAACGUGGCGAAGACUCUGGAGGAGAGGAUGAUCGAGGCCUUCAGGAUGGGAUACAACUGUGGAGUCUGCAUCCACCCCGAGAUCGACGCCCUGCAGGGGGAGGUCCGAGUCCCCCGAGACCUCCACGAACACCAGCGCAGUGUGAUCAGCAGUGCAGCGACUCUUCAGGCCAAAGAGAUGGACCUCAGCGUGGUUCGGCUCAUGUUCACGGCGUUCCUCCCCGACAGCGACGGAGGUUUCUCCCGACGACUCGAGCCCGUCGUGUCUGAACCGAUCUACGACAGCAAGGCUCCGAACGCCUCCAACCUGAAGAUCGUGAGGAUGGAUCGAACCGCCGGCUGCGUGACCGGAGGAGAGGAGGUCUACCUGCUCUGCGACAAAGUCCAGAAAGACGAUAUCCAGGUUCGGUUCUUUGAGGAAGACGACUCGGGGCUGACCUGGGAGGCUCUGGGAGAUUUCUCACCGACAGACGUCCACAGACAGUUCGCCAUCGUCUUCAAGACUCCGAAGUAUCGAGACCAGAACCUGCAGAAGCCGACGUCGGUGUUCGUGCAGCUGAAGAGGAAGUCUGACAACGAGACCAGCGAGCCCAAACCCUUCACCUACCACCCCCAGAUCAUAGACAAAGAGGAGGUGCAGAGGAAGAGGCAGAAGACGCUGCCCAACUUCCAGGACUUCAGCGGUCACGGAGGAGGUGGAGGAGGAGGUCUGUACCGAGGAGGAGGAGGGGGAGGAGGUCCAGCAGCAGGAGGUGGUCCUGGCUCAGGAGGAGGAGGAGGAGGUUACUUCCAGGGUUUUACUACCUAUAACUACGGAGGAGGAGGAGGGUUCUCCACAGGAUACUCAGCUGGUCUGGGAGGAGGAGGAGGAGGAGGAGGAGGAGGAGGCGGCAUCAAACACGCCUCUCAGGGCGACGCAGCAGACGACAGCGGCGGCGAUGACGAAGGUCCAGACGAUGACGACGACGACUCGGGGACGGGGGCUGUGCUGCGAGCUGCAGCCCAGGAGGGAGGCGUGGAGGUCGGGGAGAGGACCGCAGAGGAGGGAGGGGACAGCGUGGAGCCAGACCCAGACACAGUGUGCGACACAGGUGAGCGGUUGGUUCAGGUGACCAGCCGACAGCUGGACGCUCUCUUCCAGUACUCUGUAACAGGUGAUUCGGCGUACCUGCUGGCUCCGCAGCGCCCCCUGAUGACGGCACAGGACGAGGACGGAGACACUGGGCUCCACCUGGCGGUCCUCCACAGCCAGCAGGAGGCGCUGAAGAGUCUGACCCAGGUGGUCUCUGCUCUGCCGGGAGAGGAAGUGCUGAACAUGAGGAACCACCUCUACCAGACUCCUUUGCACCUGGCCGUGAUCACGCAGCAGAAGGAGGCGGUGGAGGCGCUGCUGCUGGCCGGCGCCGACCCGACCCUGACGGAUCGCUACGGCAACACGGCGCUCCACCUGGCGUCCCAGCAGGAGGGAGGGGGGAUGGUCCAGUUUCUGCUGCGGCACAGAGCGCUGAGAGGACUGGUGAACCAGGCCAACACAGCAGGUCUGUGUGCGAUCCACCUGGCCGUCCUGGCCAAUCAGCUGUCCUCCCUCAGGGAGCUGCUGGAGGGCGGGGCCGACGUGGAGGCUCAGGAGCGCAGCUGCGGACGGACCGGCCUCCACCUCGCCACCGAGACCGACAACGUGUCGCUGGCCGGCUGCCUGCUGCUGGAGGGAAACGCCAAGGUGGACUGCUGCACCUUUAAUGGCUCCACCCCCCUCCACAUCGCCGCAGGGAGGGGCUCCGUCAAGCUCACCGCUCUCCUGAUGGCUGCAGGUGCAGACCCUCAUAAAGAAAACUUCGAGCCGCUGUUCUUCAGAGAGGACGAGUGCUGCGAUGAACAGAGGGAGGAAGAGGAGGAAGAUGAAGGCUACAUCCCAGGAACGACUCCGCUCAACAUGGCCGCCACCACACAGGUGCUGGAGCUCCUGAACGGGAAAGAGUACGAACCAGAAUCUCACAGAGCGUUCAGUCCUCCACAAGGCGACCUGGCGAGCCUGGAUGUGGAGGUGAAGCAGCAGGUGUGUUGUGCUCUGGAGAGUGAAGGAUGCUGGGAGAAUCUGGCUCACAGUCUGGGUCUGGGGAUCCUCAACACGGCCUUCAGGCUGAGCCCCUCCCCCGCCAAAACACUGCUGGACAGCUACGAGGUCUCAGGUGGGAGGGUGAGCGACCUGUUGGCUGGUCUGAGGUCAGUGGGAGAGUGCAGAGCGCUGAGCGUCCUGGAGGAGGCGCUGCGACGCUCCGACGCCGAGGAGACGCCGAUGACCAAUGAGACGACAGGUGAGUCUCUGUGUGCUCAGGUUCAGGAUCUGAAGGUGGACGUUCGGAUCGACAGCGGGGUGUGUGACAGCGGGGUGGAGUUAUCCACAGCGUAACGACCUGACCCACCCAUCCUCCAUCCUCCAUCGCUCCGGGCUGAGCUCACCUCCUCCUCCUCCUCCUCCUCCUCCUCCUCUGGGCUGAAAGUUUCUCAUCAACAAAAACAAGUUUUUAAUUAAACGAGUCAAACUUUUAUCUGAUGAAACAGGAAGUGUGUUUGUAAAAAUACAAAACAGCUGAUUUUUGUUUUUCUAGAAAGAAAACGUAAACUGUUCUCUGGUGUUUUCAGCCCACACUACACUCCACCGGCUCGUUCAAAGGAAUAAUUCACCAAAAUCGUACACACUGAUUUUAACCUGUUUAACUGGUUUCUCGCCCUCGCUCUGCCCCCUGGUGGAUUUAUGAGGGUUUGCAGCAGUGAAGCUUUGUUUCUGUACAGACGUCCGACGACCUGCAGGGGGCAACGGUGCUAUAAAAGCUGAAAUGAUUGUAAAGAGGCUAAUGAUGCUAAGUUCACACUACAUGAUCUUAGCCACGAAUUCUUUUCCCCCGAUCGAUCGCAGACUUGAUGUCUGGAUUCUCCUCCUCCUCUUCCUCCUCUCAUCAUCUUUUCCUCCUCCUCCUCCUCCUCCUCCUCCUCCAUAAUCUCUUUCAUCUUCUCUCUUUCCUCUUCCUCCUGUGUCUUCUCCUCUUCCCUCAUCACCUCUUCCUCCUCUCCUUCUUACGUCAUCCUCUCCUCCUCCUCCUCUUUCGUCUCCUCCGGCAGUGAUGUUAGGGGAAAAACAACAACAAAAACAAAAAACAAACACGGCUGGUUUUCCUGCAGGCGGCCAUGUUGGAUGACAUCAGAUAAUCCUGUAGUGUGGACUCGGCAUAAUUCGCCUUAAAGGAUCGGUUCAGAUUGUUUUAAUAUAAAACGUGCACAGGAAAAUAAUGGAAACAUCUGGAACUGUUCUUUAUAAGUGUGCAUGUGUAACGAUUUUUAUUUUUUAUCUAUUUAGUGUUUUUUAAAUUCUGUUCUGUCUCACUGAAAACUGAGAAAACUGUUUAAAAAAAACAAACGUGAACUUAAUGUUUUUAUUUUUAUUAUUAUUAUUUGUCUUUCUCCCGUCUGAUUCUGACCCUGGAGGAAAGCUGUUGGCCGAGCUUAAUCAAAAACACAAAUAAAAAUCCAGAGGCAUUUUGGGAAAUGUAGUCCAGACCUGCGAGGAGUUUUUGUUUGUUUUUCUCAGUGUGAAUCCAAAGCUUUUUUGUUUCUUUUCCAACCGAUGAUAUUUAUGUCUUUGCCCGGCACUGUACAGUUCAUCAUGAGCUUAUAAUUGGUUUUGUUGUUAUUUUUUAAAUAAAAUUUGUUUUUUUAAAAUAUA